AUGAGUCUACCUAUAUCCAUAGAAGAUCCACACCAACAGCUAGACGAUUUCCAGCUCUCGUGCAAACACCAGCUUCCCAUCGAUGCCCAUGACCGGUUUCUCAAUGUGUGCUACGUCAACUACCAAAAAACCCCGGUUUUUCUCCUUCAAUCAGGUAUGAUCGAUGUCUAUUCCACCCUGGACGAAUGCCAAAACUACAUAAAACACCGCUUGCUCAAGCACUCACUCCGCGAUUCGAGCAUAGGAAUGCUACUAAAGAACACCACCAAUGAGAACGUGUACGUGAUAGUGCUUAUCCAUGAAUUGAAGGUGAAGGCCCUUGUAGUGGACUUGACUAUAGUCGCACGGCUUAAUGAUUAUCAGGACAACAACGAAGACAAGUUUGGGGACAGAACUCUCACCGAAGUGGUUGACCUCAAGACGCGACACAAUAGCAUACAUGUGAUUGACAAGGUUUUGGAGAAGAAGAAGCGGUCUAAAUCCAGUACACCGCUUCCCACUUCUUCGGUCAAUAACUCCGAACAAAUCAACAGCAUGGUAUCUAAAGUAGUGCUUUCUGGGCUUCGGCUUCGAGGGAUGUCUAGCACUGCUGCCAACUCCGCCAAUGAGAAAAUCAAAAUCAAAGAAAUCUACCUGAUGACUUACAAGUCGGCCAUAUUUGCUAUGAGAAAGUUCUCUAAUAAGCCAGUGCAUCUCAAUGAUAUCCAAGAUGUGGUGGAAAAGCUUCUCCAGAUCUACAUAGAUGUCGACACAGACAACCCAUUUGUGGAUUGA